ACCAAAAAUUUCAUCAAUUUCUCAGUCUGUAGCCCCCCAGGAGCCCCCAAAAAUGACUUGAAAAAUCCGGCAGUUGUGGUGAACAGAGUGGAACGGGAACGGGUGGAGAGAGGGGUCGGCCAUGACAGUUAGUCCCAUAUUUUCGAUUCAAUCCGUUGGUGUGUCCACAAUCGUCCCCUCACCGAAUAAUCCCAAAAUAACCCCUCCAAAUAUCCCGAUAAAAUCACAAAAUACACUUAAAAUCCUCGCUCAACCAUCGUCGAACAAAUUGACGCCUGAAUUUGUUGAUUUGGCUGGUGUCUGGUGGCCAUUAUUAUAAGAUUGGUAGGUGAGUGAAGCGGUGGUGAGACGUAAAGAGAAACGUUGGAAAGGAGGAUAAGGCAAGGUGAGGUGUGCCCCCCUUGCGUCGAAACAGAAACGGGUCGUUGAGGAGGGCCGACGGGCGACGUACGGGAGAUGCAAGAACCCCCGACGGCACCAUCCACCACGAUGAAAAAUGAAGACCACCCAGAGGAUUUCACCAGCAGGUUUCAUUGAACAAAGAUGAACAGUGACCAGCAUGCACUGCCAGCGACGACGCAGGCACAGCAAGAGGAAGUAAACACGGGUCAAAGUGGUCGUCCUUCUUAUCCAGUUGGUCUGACAUCUUCAGCGAGUGGAAAUGUAGGCACUACUGUUCCCCAUUCAUCAGCAGAUCUACGUGUAGGUACGGCAGUAGCAUUAGCAUCUUCAGUAGCUAAAUAUUGGGUCCUGACGAAUUUAUUUCCUGGACCAAUACCCCAGGUUUAUCAUUCACACCACAGUGCAACACACAGAAGUGGUACUGGUGGUAGUGAAGUACACACAGGCAAAGAAACAACAAUAUCCCAGGAUAUGGCGUUAUCCUCAAAUUCACAUCAUCAAACAACGAGUUCAACACAUCAUCAUCAAUCUACGGUUACCACUAGCAGCCAUCACAGCUCUUUACAGUCCCCCCAGAUACCAGUGUCUCUACCAGGCUUAACUCUGGACGGUUCACAUUUAUCGUCGAGCCAUCUUCAAGCUGCUCACGCACAGAUGCAACAGAUGAAUGCCCAACAGCAACAGCAGUUACACCAGAGUCAGCAGGGACAGCAACAGUCACAUCAUCAAAUGCAGAAUCAUCAGAAUAGCAGCAGUGGUGGGGGUCAGGGCCAAUCUGGCCGAGAGGAGAAUAAAGUUAAAGAUGAGGGGGGAAGCUGUACCACAGAAAGGUGCAGUGAUAAUCAGGUGCACUGUCAGGUACAGUGUGAUUUGCAACUCACACAGCAACAGGAUUUACAACAGAGUAUGAUGCAGAAUCAGGGACAGAAUCAACAGUCCCAGCAGAUUGGGGUUAAUAUCAGUGGUAAUUCCGGGGGUGAGGCUGGCAGCCAGAGUAAUUCAGAGAAGGGGGAGAAGAAGGAGGAGAUGAGACAGCUAAAUAUGACACAGUUCCAAGUCCCAGAGUUGAAACCAGGUGGCCACAUGAUGGACGUGAGAACGGCAGACGGUUCAGUAGUGAAAAUAAGUGCUGGAAAUGAACAAGAUCUUGCUAAAACUCUUGGCGUUGAAAUGGUGCAAAACAUGUACAAGGUUAAUGUCGAGGACAUAAAUCAGCUGCUGGCCUACCACGAGGUAUUCGGCAAGCUUCAGAGUGAAAUAGCAGCUGGCACAACUCUUGUGGGUGGCACAGUACCAACUCAAACAGUUACCACCAUUCAGAAUGGCACGCCAAUUGUUCAACAAGUGCAAUUGAAUAAAUUCGAUAUUAAGACCAGUGAUGGUGAGGCAACACCAGGACCAAGUGCAUCGCCAGUAUCAGUUGGCAGUCAUGCGUGCGAAGUUUGUGGGAAAAUAUUUCAAUUCCGUUAUCAGUUGAUUGUGCACAGACGAUAUCAUACCGAGAGGAAGCCCUUUACUUGUCAGGUGUGUGGAAAGGCUUUUACCAACGCAAAUGACUUGACCAGACAUGGAAAGUGUCACCUGGGAGGGUCAAUGUUCACGUGUGCUGUAUGUUUCCAUGUAUUUGCCAAUGCCCCUUCAUUGGAACGUCAUAUGAAACGCCAUGCCACUGAUAAGCCCUAUAACUGCACCGUGUGUGGCAAGAGUUUUGCCAGGAAAGAACAUUUGGAUAAUCAUACUCGAUGUCACACUGGAGAAACACCAUACAGGUGUCAAUACUGCGCCAAAACUUUCACCCGUAAAGAGCACAUGGUGAAUCACGUGAGAAAACAUACUGGCGAGACGCCCCAUCGAUGUGACAUAUGUAAGAAGAGUUUCACCCGAAAAGAACAUUUCAUGAAUCACGUUAUGUGGCAUACCGGUGAGACACCCCAUCAUUGCCAAGUUUGUGGUAAAAAAUACACCAGAAAGGAGCAUCUCGCUAAUCACAUGCGUUCGCACACUAAUGAUACACCGUUCCGGUGUGAAAUUUGUGGUAAGUCGUUCACGAGGAAGGAGCACUUCACGAACCACAUAAUGUGGCAUACGGGUGAAACACCUCAUCGUUGUGACUUCUGCUCCAAGACAUUUACAAGAAAGGAGCAUCUACUGAAUCACGUACGCCAGCACACGGGUGAGUCUCCACACCGAUGCGGCUUCUGCUCCAAAUCGUUCACCAGAAAGGAACACCUUGUUAACCACAUCCGCCAACACACAGGUGAGACGCCUUUCCGUUGCCAGUACUGUCCGAAAGCUUUUACGCGGAAGGACCACCUGGUGAACCACGUCAGGCAGCACACGGGUGAGUCACCGCACAAGUGCCAGUAUUGCACUAAAUCUUUCACGCGGAAGGAACAUUUGACAAAUCACGUGCGUCAACACACAGGCGAAUCGCCACACCGAUGCCACUUCUGCUCCAAGUCAUUUACGCGUAAGGAGCACUUGACGAAUCAUGUACGAAUUCACACAGGGGAAUCACCGCACAGAUGUGAGUUUUGCCAGAGGACUUUCACGAGGAAGGAGCAUCUCAAUAAUCAUCUUAGGCAGCACACUGGAGAUUCAUCCCACUGUUGCAAUGUCUGUUCCAAGCCGUUCACGAGAAAGGAGCACCUAGUGAAUCACAUGCGUUGUCACACGGGCGAGCGUCCUUUCGUCUGCACAGAGUGCGGCAAGAGCUUCCCAUUGAAAGGAAAUCUUCUCUUCCACAUGCGCUCCCACAAUAAAGGGAGCAAUGCCGAGCGUCCCUUCCGUUGUGAUCUGUGUCCAAAAGAUUUCAUGUGCAAGGGACAUCUUGUGUCCCACCGUCGUUCACACUCGGAUGAGCGACCACAUAGCUGUCCCGAUUGUGGCAAGACAUUCGUGGAGAAGGGCAACAUGUUGAGACACUUGAGAAAACACGCCACUGAGGGACCACCAACGCAAGUCAGCACACCAUCGGCUAUUCCACAACCCGGUGUCUUGCCUAUACCCACAGCUGCUGCUGUACUUGUCGGACAUCCACUGGCACCACCAGCACCACCGGUUGUGCCACAGCACACCGUUGUGGUGCCGACACCACCAGGGGUUCUAACGUCCUACUGAACUUAGAUAUUUGGACCAAUUUAGAGAGGAACAGAAAGAAUUCAGUAGAAGAUCCACUUUUAGUUGAAUUGAGAUUUUGCAAAGGAUUCGUUCAUAUUGAUUUUUUGUUUUAUUUCGAUUAAUGUGAAACAUGAAAUAGUUGAAGAUCAUCGAUGUUUGAAUCAACUUGAGCUUCUUCAUUGUUCACCAUUUUUUGUGAUAAGCAAUACGUAUGAAUGUCUUUCACUCAAUUUAGCUACUUUAUCAGUUACUUUCAAUAUAUUUGUUUCAUUGAAUUAUUUAAUUCACUAAUGAUAAAUGGGGAAGUGAUAAGUUUUUUAUUCUCCACUUAUUGACUAUAAUUUUCUUCAUUUCUCGUAACACUUUAUGAUUAAAAGAAAAGUAUUCUACUUGUUCCUUCAAGUUUUACAUUUCAAAGGUCUUUCUCAACAAAUAAAUUUCAUAUAGUCCGUCAAUUUUUUAUUGACCCACGGCUUAUUGACGGAAUUGGAAACUUACCAGAAAUUCCCAAGUUGUCAAAUAUGAAAGAUGUAUGUUACACAUUAGGUGUCCAAAUUCCUUUUUAGAAAUAUUGAGAAAUGAAAGAGGUAUUACGUUUAAUUUGCUGUCAAUCGAUUGCACCCGGCUAUGUCAGUGAGAUAAGUCGUUGAAAUGAAUUCAGAAGCAUGAAAAGUCAUGAAAUUUAGUAUAAUGGAACUUUUCGCUUCUCAAUGAUUAUUCUACCAAUUGGUAGAAACCUAAAUCAUUGAACGAAUUUCCAUUUUCAUGAACUCAUUCAAUCUUUCUGAAUCAAUCAAUCAUAACAUUUCUUGCUUUUUCAUUACUCGUAGAAAAUCACAAUGCAUUCAAUUUCUAUAUUUUUUUAAUCAUUAAUUUGCAAUAGAAUUAAUUCCAUGCAAAAUCCCAAUUGCCCAUUUUUUGUGACAUAAUUGUGCUCCUGUUUGUAAUACUUGACUGAUAUGGGACUGAAAAAAAAAAUCAUACAAGAAGAUGAGAGAAUUUAUAAUAUUAUAACGGGAGAAAUACUGGAAACGUAUAAAUAACAAUAAUUACAAAUGUAGAAUUUGCAUUGAAUGACCGAUGAAAAAAGUGGAUUUAGUCGAUUUUCUAAUAUGCGUUUAGAAUGUAACUGUAACGAGAUUACAUUUGUUUAUUAAUCAUUAGCUUUUGUUGAGAAACACAUUGGAUAACGCAGGGGAAUGAUGUUAUGUUCAUCUUUAAUAUCUCUUCUUAUUUAGUUUAAAUAGUUUUAUACAUAUUGGGAGCACGUGCUCCAUUAAAAACAUGUGUAGAUAAUGAAAUAUAUAGAGUAUUUACUGAUCUGUGAACAUUGUAAACAAGAUUAAGAGAAAGAAGAGAAAAGAAAUGAGUGUAAAGGAGUGAAAAAAAAAGUAAUAAUUUCAUACGUCUCUUUAAGUUUGUAGCCAUAGUGUCAAGUGCAAUAUGGUGUUAUCUUCGAUAAAUAUCCCAUAAAGCUGAUAAAUGAUCGAAGUGGAAUUAUGUCUCAGAGACGUUUUUCUCAAAUUUUGUUAACUUUCGAUAAUUAAAAGAAGUUUAUGUUUUAUAACAUUGAAAAAUAUCAUCGUUUUGUAAUAAUCGCCCAAAAUUUAUUCUUUUUAGAACUAAAAUACAACAAAAUUUAGAUGUAAUUGACUUAGAGAUUGUGUAAGGCCAUGUAUCUCGUAUUAAGAGUAUAAAAUAAAUGAAUUAAAAAAAUGGGACAAAGGGAGACUAUGUGCACGUUGUGUGUCCCUCAGGUGACCCUAUUUUCAUCAACAAAUAAAAAACUAAUGGAACAAAAGUUUAAGAGCUCGAGACACUCUGAGGGGCGUACGAUAUGGCAAUUAUGUAUGAUAAAAAAAAUAUUAAACCCGAAGUAAGAUCUAAAAAUCGUAUAUAUGAUAUUCAUUGUAGCCCGCGCAACACACGAGUAAAUCAAUAAUUAAAACAUGAGCAAAUGAGUGAACUAAUGAACGAUUAUUCGUAAUGGGCCUGAAAUGAGUAAAAACUUAGGAACUAUAGAUUCGUAUGAAGAAAGAAAACUAUAAAUGAAGAACCUAGUGUGUCCGAGUAAAUCUAAUGUAUCACGUACUAUCCCAAAUAAUCAAAAACAUUUUUUGUAAAGGAAAAACAACAAGUUAUGUCAUAAAGAUGAAGAUACCAAACAAGCACCGAGAGGGAAACUGUACGCCCAGAUUAAUCUGAUCAAGCAUUGGAUAAUAUACAUCAUGUAUAUAUGGAUGUCAAGGGAAUACUGAAUGAUUAUAGCAAGUGGGAUGACUCUCGGAUGUUCAGUUUAAUGAAUGAUUAUCCUUCAAUUUAAUGUCCAAGUCAUCACGAAACAACUCCAAUACCUUUUAAUGAUCUAACGAUAUGAAAUAGAUUUAACAGAAAUAAUAAAACAAACGAGAACGAAUAGAAUUAAUGUUUAUAUGAAUUAUUAUUACAGAAGGAACAGGAAAAUAAUACUAUGAUUACCGUUACGUAAAAGUUAAGAAACUGAUUUAUGCUUUUUAGGAUUGAUUCCCUUUUUUUUUGGUGUUUGGAUGACGGGGAAGAGGUGAAGCACGAGAUAAGAGUUAUUCAGGUGAAUGCUGUAGUUAAGCGGUAAAACGGUUCAAAGUUAUGUUUAUUGUUGACCGGUUUUCAAUAAAUAUCUUGAAAUUCAAGGGAAUUGAUGAAUUUUUUAACACGAAUUUAUUUGUAGAAGUCCUUUCACUCUCCGCGUCCUAAUUUGAUUUUUGAUAUUAUGAAAGAUUUUGUUAUUAUGAAAGAUCCCCCAUUUUCGGAAUUUUCCGAGAUAUUCAUUAACACAACGCUCGAAAUCAACUAACUUAUAUCGUUUCACCGCUCCACUAUAGAAUAUAAUGUUUGACGAUGUAUAUCUUAACAAUUGGUGUAAGAGAAGUACUUGAAGUGAAAAAAAAUCCCCGGGAUUCAAUAAAAUAUAAACAAAAUUUUAAACCGUUUUAUUGCUUUGCUACUGAACAGGGUGCAGUGACAAAUGCGAAUGAUUUGAAUAAAAUACCGACUAAUAUUCUUUGCCAAUCCGAAGCGAAAACACGUUGCGUACGUGACUAUCAAUUAGUUCAUAGCUGUUUUAUUUUUCUUUUUUAUUCGUAGAAGUUUCUUCCACUGAAACCGUAGGAUCGGAUGUCUUUACGGGCCAUGCGCGCUUCGGCUUGGUGAGAAACAGGGUGAUGGAAAGACAAAUAUUGAAUGAAUAUUUGGAGAUAAUUAAUAAAGAUGAUUAAAUUUAUGAUUUAACUUUUUUAGAUAGAUCAGAAAAAAAAUAUGUAUAGAAUUUUAUUAUGCACCAUUGUAAUAUUAUGUAACCCAACUGUGACGCAAUAUACACUGGUGUUAUGUUAAAUGUGAUAA